ACUGCAGAGAAAAUAGAGUAGGAAUCACAACAGUCGGGACAGACAUACUUAAAUAUUUGCCUGGAACAUCAUCUCAGUGGGAGUCAUCAUUUGGAGCAGUGCUGAGGACUUCUUAAACAUGACCUCCUCGGAGCCCCCUAAUGGACUCUGGAAUCGGAAAACCAAGACUCGGCAGCAAGAUGCCAAAUCCGAUCAAGCCAAGAGUCCGGAAAAUGUGCUGGAAGACCUGAUUGAGUGGGAAAAAUACAUGAAGAAGCUAAAGGUGAAAGUUUUAGAACAGGUCCAGGAUCAGCUCAAAGAUAUUCUUGACAAAGCUCUGACUGAGUCCAUUGAGCCUCCCGCCCACAUUCAAUCUGCACUGACUGGGAAAACGAAGAAGAAAGAGUCAACCAGAUCUCAAAGGAUGGAAGAUGGCAAAGUGUUUAUGGAGAGAGCGUCGCUGUUGGACGAACUGUUUGAGAUCAGCCACAUUCGGACCAUCUACCACAUGUUUAUCGCUGUGCUCCUCAUCUUCUGUCUGAGCACCUUGGCCGUCGACUACAUCGACCAGGGCAGGUUGGUUUUGGAGUUUGACUUGCUGUUCUACGCCUUUGGGAACAUGAGGACCGUCACCUGGGCCUGGCUCGCCAUGUUUGUUUACGCCCUCUUCGUGCCUUACUACAUCCUGCAGUUUUGGGGUUCUUUGUACCACAAAUUCCCCUCCAAGUUGGGUCUCACUCUGGGUGCGGGGCUGAUCUAUGCUGCCAUACAGACCUGCGUGCUUGGACUGUUCCCGAUCUACACGGUCGUGCAUCACCAGCUGCCUCCAGCUUCGCGCUUCAUUGUGAUUCUGGAGCAGAUUCGAUUCCAGAUGAAAACCUACUCGUUCAUUAGAGAAACGGCUCCUGUUAUCCUGAAGAACCCGCCAAAGGAAGGAGAGAAUCCCAGGUUUCCAACAAUUUCUAGCUACCUGUACUUCCUUUUCUGUCCAACACUCAUCUAUAGGGAAUUUUACCCUCGAAACAGACAAAUACGUUGGAAAUAUGUUGCUGUUACUCUUGGCAAGAUUUUUGGAUGCCUAUUUUAUGGAUACUUCAUCCUGGUGCGUCUUUGUAUACCUGUCUUCAGACCGGAGACCAACCAGCCUUUUAGUAAAAGAACCAUGGUUCUGGCUGUAUUUCAUUCCAUAUUACCAGGAAUAAUGCUCCUCCUGCUGUGUUUCUUCGCCUUCUUGCACUGUUGGCUCAACCUCUUCGGGGAGCUGCUGCGUUUUGCUGACAGGAUGUUUUACAAGGACUGGUGGAACUCUACAUCGUUUGCAAACUAUUAUCGUACCUGGAAUGUUGUGGUUCACGACUGGUUGUACUACUAUGGAUACAGAGACUUCCUCUGGCUGUCCAACAAGAGGUUCCGGACAGCGGCCAUGCUGUCCGUAUUCAUCGUCUCGGCUGUUGUCCAUGAAUAUGCUUUGGCCUUGGCCUUCGGCUUCUUCUACCCUGUCAUGUUCUGCCUCUUUGCAGUUUUUGGAGUGGCUUUCAACUUCACCAUGACUGAUAAACGACAGAGCCCCGUGUUCAACGUCAUCAUGUGGGCGUGUCUCUUCCUCGGCCAGGGUGUCCAGGUGUGUCUGUACUGCCAGGAGUGGUAUGCCCAGAUACACUGCCCGUCCACGGGGGAUAGCUUCUGGGAGCUGGUGAUGCCUCGAUCCUGGUCCUGCAGCUACCAGACAUGAAGCCACAUCUCUCCUUAUACUGGAGGAACUAAAGAAGGAAACUGGGGAUUUUUUUUUAUCAUGGACUGAAAAAAGGGAAGAGCAAGAGGAAGACAUCUUAAAAGGCAUAUAAAUAGACAUCUGCAGAUAUUUUCAAAGCUUUCCAUCUAUCUGAUAGGAUGUUCUUGGAUAAAUCUAAUUUUUGUUUUUGUUUUUACACUGAUAAGAUCACAGAGAGACGGAACAACACGACAGCAGAGAAUUAGUGACCACAGGUCAUUAGAAGUAGGUGUUUCUAUGUUGGAGCAGACCACUAUAUAAUUAGAUUACUUCAUGUAAUGCUAGACUGGUCACCUAAACAAUAAUUUACAAAAGGAAAGGAGCACUGUGUUUUCCAGAUAGUACAAGAUGCCUAAAUUUAAAUACACUGCAAAAACAGACUAAAUUUUACUAAAAAUAAGUUAAAAUGUUCUUGAAAUUAGUGUAUUUGCACUUU